AUGAAGAAGCGGGAGGCGCUCAAGGUGCAGGUCAUCGUCGUCGGCGAGAGCGGGGUCGGCAAGAGCACCAUGCUCAGGGUGCUCGACUCCGAAGACCGAGAGCCCGUCAGCACCACCGUUGGGGAACGCCUCAAGACCCUCACGCCGACCUACUACGCGAAGGCGGACGGCGCGCUGCUGGUGUUCGACCUGUCCGACCGGGACAGCUUCCUGGCCGCAGAAGGAUACCUGCUGCACCUGAGGCAGGCGCGAGAGGGGCUGGCCAUCCUGCUGGUCGGCAACAAGAGUGACAAGAGCAAGAAAGUCAGCGACCGCGAGACGUCGGCCCUAGUGACCCGCCAUUCCGAGGAGGCCUUCAGCGAGAUGGUCCGGCUGGUGCUGCUGCAGAAGCAGGUCCUACAGACGGAGGACAGGCUGGACAUCUUCGAGAGCAAGCACGCGAACUGCUGCAGUUUGGUCUGA